UGUACUGACUGUGAUUGUCAAUGUUAAUAAAUAAGAAAUACUAGGAUAAUAACGAUGGAUGGACGAAUUGGACGACCAAAAAUAGGAACAGGAACUAACAUUAAAAUCGCUUGGAAACCAAUAAAAUAGUCACAUUUAUUUGAUGAUACAAGAACUAAAUGAAAUUAGUCGACUGGAUGUAAUACAUUUUACACUUGUAACAAUUUUGAAUUUAAUAUGGAGAAUUUAGAUAUAACAGAGUCUGAAAACAUAGAAUCUGAUGGGGAAUUUGCAUUUGAGACUGACCACCUUGUGCUGCGAGGCAACAAAGAUUACUGUGAACUACUUAAGUACAUUGUCAAACUAGAGGCACAGAAAGUGAAUGCAUUGAAAGACAUUGAGCAGCUCGCGGAGGCUGAGAGCAAAGCCCUAGCAGACCCAUUAAAAUUUGUUGAAGAUUUAAAAUCAGGUAAGGCUAGGUUUCCACCUCGACCAACAUUGGCUGAUAUGCCUAAUAUAGAUUGGAAUCAAUAUGGUAUUGAUCCGUCAAUGUUUGACAGUGAUGGAAUUAUGGAUACGAAGCCCAACCCUGAUGAAUUAGACACCAUAAAGGUGAGAGGCAGGAAGUUUACUGACAGUAAACCUGAGACAUUCAACCAAUUAUGGUCAUGUGAGGAACAAAAGAGAUUAGAAGAACUUCUAGAGAUUUACCCAGAAGAACCCAUUGAGGCACGGAGAUAUAAGAAAAUAGCAAGAGAUUUAGGAACUCGAACACCAAUUCAAGUCAUGUGUAGGAUUCAGAAGUAUUUUGCUAAAUUGGCUAAAGCUGGCUUACCAAUCCCUGGUAGAGCACCAAAACGUGUGACUAGAGAUAAAAAUAAGUCAAUAUUUUACAAGAAGUCUACAUUCUUUCCUCAAUUGCAUGUUCCAGUUAAAAUGGAAGAUUUAGACAGUAAUGAUACUCAAGAAAGUUAUGCACCUAAUGACAACAAAAAUAGUAUUAAAUUCAAAUUAGGGUUGCUAAAAUUAGCAAAGGAGCAGAGGAUAUUAGAUGAGACUGCACCUGUAUAUCAGACUAAAACAAUGUGUGUGGGCUGUCAGAAGUCUGGGUUUCUUGGCGCAAGGUGGACAGACAAUGCUGGGACUGACUACUGUACGGAUUGUGUGGUCAAACUGUUACCUGCAGAGAGAUUGAUCCCUGUGAGAGAAAUCUCCAAUUAAAGUAUCUGUUAUUAAGCUAAUAAAUGUUUUAAGUUUUACCUUUU